AUGGAAGAUCAUCCAGUAAUAAAUGAGCCUUUAAUUGAAUGUACAAUAUUUCUUAUAGCAGUAGUAACUCUAGGUAAUCAUAAAGAAUCACAGUCCCAAUCUUUUUAUAACUUUAUGAAAAUUUCUAAUGUUGAUAGUGGGUUUGAAAUAAUUGAAGCUGCAAAAUAUAAUAAAAUGGCUUUUUUAAAUAAAUAAAUAGAAACAGUGCCAAAUAUUAAUUAAAUUUAAGAUUAGGAAAAACGAACUAUUUUGCAUUACUUAGGAUUAAAUUCAAACUAAUAUAUUUUUAAUAGACUUUUAAUGAAAUAUAAGUCUUAAAAAAAUGAAUGGUUGUAAAAAGAAGACAUUUAUGGUCUUCAUGCUAUUCAUUAUUUUAUUUAUAAAGGUAAAGUAGAUUUAUUAGAAGAAAUAUCUAUGAUUUAUUAACCAAAAUAAUUAUUAGGAAUGGCUGCAAUUAAUAAUGAUAUUUUUACUUUGAUUCUUGUAAAGGAAAAGAUGAAAAAUGAAAAAAUAUCUAAUAAUUAUCAAAAUGGGGUUACACCCUUGCACUUAGCUUGUUAUUUCAAAUGUGAUUAUGCAGCUAUUGUUUUAAUGAAAUGGAAACAUCCCUUAAAUGUUAAAGAUUUUGAAGGAAAUACACCCUUACAUAUUGCAGCAAAAUAACAAAGUUCUAAAUUAAUAAGAAAACUAAUUUAGAGAGGUGCCAGCACAAAUGAUAAGAAUAACUUUGGAUAACUACCAAUAGAUUUGACAGAUGAUGAAUAAACUCAUGAUGCUUUAAAAUCCUUUCGAUUUUCUUGGAAAUCUCUGAUACUUACACUAAAUAUUAAACCAAGUAUUAAACUUUAUAUUUAGGAAAAAGGUCUCCUCUAUAAACUUUUAUUUUCCUCAUCUUUUUUUCAUGCACAAAUUUAGGAACUAUUUUCUCUAUUUAAAACACACUAUACUUUAAUUAAGUUACAGGAAGUUUUAUUUUGUUAAUUAUUAUUGUAAUCCUAUGUUUAAUCAGUUAUAUAUUAACAUUAAAUUCAAAUCCUGGUUAUGCUAAUAUUGAAAAUGAGUAUAUUUUAAAAUUUUAUUUUAGGUCAAACCUGAAGGCAAUUUUACUUUAAUUGGAGCCUUUUGAAAUUUGUUAUGAUUGCUUUAUUAAAAUUCCAAAUAGAUCAAAGCACUGCGAAUUUUGUAAAAGAUGUAUAAAUGAAUACGAUCAUCAUUGUCCUUGGAUUAAUAAUUGUGUAUCAAAUUUAAUUAUUUUAGGUAGGAAAGGACAAUUUAUCUUUAUUUUGGCUUUUUCUUUUGUUUUUAUUUCUUGAUUUUGUUCUAUUAUUAGUUCUUGGUAUUUAAGCAUUAUCAAUUUAAAACUCAAUAAAUACCUUUGACAAUUUUUUUAUUUUAAUAAUUCUCACCAUAUUCGAAUUUUUGUUUUUACUUCCUUUAGGAAAUUUGAUUUUUACAUAACUUAAGAAUUAUUUUUCUGAUUAAACUACAUAUGAAAGAUUAAUAUUAGGAAAACCCAAUACGAAAAAAAGAGAAUCCUAAAUUUAAAAAAUGAACAAAUUAUCAUGA